AUGGACUCUCGAAAUUCUAGCCAAAUAGCAGUCUUAGCAUCCGCCCAAACAGGGCUGCUGGUAGAUGAUUUCACAUACAACAUCUUCGUCCUUAUCUUCUUCGUCGCUGUCAUGGGCUCCGCCAGCUUCAUCGGCAUCAUCUUCAACGCAAUCAACAUCAUCGUUUUCCGGAAGCAGGGCUUUAAGGACACCGUUAACAUAACCCUAUUCGGUCUGGCCAUCUCCGAUAUAGGAGGACUAAUGUCUCUCAUAUGGUUAAGCAUUUGUUUCAACCCUUGGUUCACCAAUGCUGACCUGCCUUUUGACACUGAGGAGAUUCAGUACGUGACAGCAGGAUGGCCCCACACCUGUUUCACACGCAUCACUGGUUGGAUCACAGCCUUCGUCACGUUUGAGAGGUGUCUGUGUAUCGCUAUGCCUCUCAAGGUGAAGACGAUCAUAACCCCGAGGCGAACGACUUUCGUGGUUGUUGGCAUAUACUCCAUCGUGAUUUCGGGAGUGGUACCUGCGUUUUAUUCAAUCCGUCUAGGGCCAAAGUUUUAUCAGAGUAAAAAUGUGACGAAGAUAGGAUUACUUUACAUACCUAACGGUGUGCACAUUGAGAACGUGGCAGUUUUGGUCAAUAUUAUACCUCAAUAUGUGUCUUUCUUGGUCGUUAUUGUCUGCACUAUCAUUCUUGUUCGAAAUCUUACACUGAAAUCGAAAUGGCGAAAGUCUACUUCAAACUCGGCUCAGCAGAACUCUUUAUCGAAUAGAGACAAAAAAGUGGUGUCCAUGAUUAUCCUUAUCUCUAGCAUAUUCAUGGCUUGUUUUUUGCCUAGUGCUGUCAACCAGAUCAUAAUGAUUGUCUCUGUAGAAUAUAGCAUUUACGGUAUAAAUCGCAACUUGUUUUUACUAUCGUGGUCUAUUUGUAAGUCUUUGGAGGCUGUGAAUUCUGCUGUGAACAUAUUUGUGUAUUACAACAUGAGUUCCAGAUAUAGAGAAAUCCUUGAUGAAAUGCUUAAUAGAAAUAAAGGGAAAAAGUAA